CCCCCAGGGCCAUCAGGGCCAGGGGCGUCGGGAUGAUGAGGACUCAAUGUCUCCUGGGGCUGCGCACCUUCGUGGCCUUUGCUGCCAAGCUCUGGAGCUUCUGCCUGUACCUUCUGCGGAGACAGGUCCGAACGAUAAUUCAGUAUCAGACUGUUCGAUAUGACAUCCUUCCUCUGUCCCCUCUGUCCCGAAACCGGCUUGGCCAGGUAAAGCGAAAGAUACUAGUGCUGGAUUUGGAUGAAACUCUUAUUCACUCCCACCACGAUGGGGUCCUGAGGCCCACAGUUCGACCAGGAACACCUCCUGACUUCAUCCUCAAGGUCGUAAUAGACAAACAUCCUGUCCGUUUUUUUGUACAUAAGAGGCCCCAUGUGGACUUCUUCUUAGAAGUGGUGAGCCAGUGGUAUGAGCUGGUUGUAUUUACAGCAAGCAUGGAGAUUUAUGGUUCAGCGGUGGCUGACAAAUUGGACAACAGUCGGAGCAUACUUAAGAGACGAUAUUACAGACAGCACUGCACUUUGGAGUUGGGCAGCUACAUCAAGGACCUCUCUGUGGUUCACAGUGACCUUUCCAGCAUUGUGAUCCUGGAUAACUCCCCAGGAGCUUAUAGGAGCCAUCCAGAUAAUGCCAUCCCUAUCAAAUCCUGGUUUAGUGACCCCAGUGACACAGCACUCCUCAAUCUACUCCCUAUGCUGGAUGCUCUCAGGUUCACUGCCGACGUCCGCUCUGUGCUGAGCCGAAAUCUUCACCAACAUCGGCUCUGGUGACAGCCACUCUCCCCCCCCUACACACAAAUGGAGAGGGAGGAAGGGAGGGAGAGCCCUUGGGCUGCUUGCUCCAUCCCCAGCCCAUUUCUGAGGACUGCCAGGCCUGGGCCAUCUACACUCCACUUGGAGGCCAGAUGGACAUACAAGCCCAGAUACUGAAACAGCCUCACCAUGUUCACACACUCCCUGGAAACCCCAGGUUGGGAUAACAGACUGUGGCCUAGGAGGGCCAAAACAGCCCCCAUUGUCAGGGGUGAAAGACUGGUCAGAGGUAGGGAGAGACUGACCUGGGAAGGUCAGACAGAUGCUAAACAAGCUCUGUUGUGAUUUGAUUUUUUUUUAAAAACUCUUGUAAAAAACA